AUGUAUUGCUGGAAUACCUCCCAAGGUUGCAUGUAUCACUGGAAAGAGCGUGGGAAGAUGACCUUCCUUUGGGCGACUCCGGCUGGCGCCGGCACGGCGCCCCCGUCCCAGAUGCCCAACAUGCCCAGCGGCCCCAGCGAAAGCACAGAGGCUGAGAGAAGAGUUCAUCAGGGCGAUGCGGCACUUUGGGUGACCAUGAUCCCCCCGCAAGUGCUGACGGCAGAUUUUGAAGAUGCCAAUGCGCAGGCGGAGGAGGAGCUUGAGCUCAAUGCAAAGGCCAUGGGCGCAGUCAUCGGCAAAGGAGGAAAAGGAAUCAAGGAGAUCGAGCAAGCCACAGGUGUGAAGUCUACCACCUUAAAUGCCAGGGAAGAUGCUCAGGGCCAGCGGCGCCUGCUCCUGCAAGGCACCAAAACGCAGAUCCUGGCGGCGAAGAGCGCCGUGGAGCAGCGCAUAGUGAUGGUCCUGGGUUUGAAGAUGGCAGAGAAGGUGCAGAAGCACUGGAGCCAGCAACUCCUAGAGAAGAAACGCACCGAGACCGGCUCCGAGGCCGCCAAGAGCGGCGUGCGUGGUCUCAGCGACUUCGCGUUGGAGCAUGGCCUCAAGGCGGUGAUGGCAAGAAAGCUGGCGAAGUUGGAUGCACAGCUCCAACGUUCCCUGGCUCAUCCUGGCUUUGCCAGAAAUGACGAGGGCGAAUUGGACGGCGAGAUUUGCGAGACGAUCCCCCUGCGGAGCAGCGCGGUGAUUGGCCGUGCUCCGGAGGAGGGCGAGGAGCAGGUCAUCGAGGCGGAGGUGAACAUGGCCUUAGGCCCCAAAGAAGCAUCCAAGCUAUACGGUGACGUACAGGACCAGCACUGCAAGCUACACCGCAUGGGCAAUGACUUUUACGUCAUGGCAUUGGAGUCCCAAAUCGGGACGCUGGUAGAUGGCCAGAAGAUCCGACAUACUGAUGGUCCGGUCGCUCUUCGAGAUGGAACUACACUUGGAGUUGGGAAGUACCUCUUCUACUGCGAGGUCGGCAGCGAGACCUUUCUUCAAGAGCGUCGAAAGAAGCUGCUGGCUGGUGAAAGGUUCUGGAAGGAAGGUUCUGCCAGUCUGCAACAAGCUGAGUCCGAAGCUCGACAGGCGGAGGCGAGGCGAGUCCGGAUCCGGAAGGUACGAAAUGGUGGAAGCUGA